AUGUUAGUUGCUGUGGGCGCGCGCGGGUUGCACAACGCGGCGCCGUGGCUCUCCCCGUUGCCGCUGCCGCCUCUCUCCGCUGGCGGACGAGGACGGCGUCGAUGGGACGUGUCUCCGUGGCCGAUGCCGCGGCCUGUGUUUACUUGCUCCUGCUCCUCGCUGGCGCCAUGUUUUAAACAUGGCUUCUCCCUUACAGCCGACAACAUCUCUCCAGAAUUUGCUUUUGGCUCACGUUACCGCCGGCGUCGCUUCGCCGCCGCUACCGCUUUGUCACCGGAAAUGCCGCCCGGGUGA